UGGAGAGCCCGGAUGACAAAAGGUUCAUUCACCAGCCAUUCAUCAAACUAUCAAUCCUUCAACUCUCACCGACAGAAUCACUUCAACUUCACUUCAACUUCACCAAAUCCACCUCCAUCACUAUGACUAUCAAGGCUUCCACCUGCUGCGCCAAGGGCACCUCCGAGUGCGCCUGUGCCAAACAAGCAACCUGCUCUUGCGGCCAGAAGUCUGCUCUUCAGUGCACCUGCGCCAAGGCCACCGACGAGAACACCAUCAGCGGCCCGCGAUGCUCGUGCCGCGCCCGCCCCGCCGGCGAGUGCACCUGCGACCGCGCCGCUUCCGAGAACUCCUUCUCGGGCUCCGCGUGCUCGUGCGGUUCCCGACCAGCUGACGCUUGCACUUGCGAGAAGGCUGCCGACGGCUCCUUCAACCCUGCCAAUGAGAUCGACUUCACCACCCGAUAGAUGAUUAACAACUCGAGACGCAACGGAUCGGAGGGGAGUUUGGCGGUUCACAGGACAUUACAUGAUCAAGGAUGGCGUUUGGGGCGUGUGUUUUCGGCCUCGGCUGGGGAACGGAAACUGGUAACUGGGCUGGCAUAGGUUGGGGAUUGUACCACUACUAGCAUACCACGAAUACAACGAAACAAUACUUUGUUUGAACGAUGUGUUCCCCGAUGGAGCCUGCUGCACUGUGUUUGUUUGUGCGCUGCGAACGCGGUCCAAGAACACCGACUCGUCGAGUUAGCACAAACGUCGAGUACCACAAACGGCAUAGUGCAGCUAGUCGGUAAUCAGUGAAUCACCACGGACGGAGAACGGGAUUGCAAAGAUGAGGCCCACUCCGGAAGCGUCCCCUGCUCCAUGUCUCAGCUCGCGUUGUGAGACGGAACUGAGAAGGUGAUGAGGAUCGAGGUGUUGGGAGCCGUU